AUGAUCCUGCCCUCGAUCCUUACUGCGCUCCUUGUUCCGUUCGCUCUCGCGGCGCCCGCCAAGCCUGCCCCCGCCACCACCACCACGUCGUCUGCUCCCCCCGUCCAGACCGUUACCCCCGGCAAGUUCAACGCUCCCCACUACGUCAUCUACGCCGACUCCUGGCUCGCUGGCGGUAACAUGCCCACUGUGGCCCAGCUCGGCGGCUUCAACCGCUUUGUCCUCGCCUUUGACAUGACCGUUGGUGCUGUCGACGACGCCGUCCUCUGGACCCAGCUCGACCAGAACACCCGCACCUCGAUCCUCAACUCGUACCACGCCGCCGGAAAGGCCAUCAUGGUCUCCGCCUUCGGCUCGACCGACGCCCCCACCUCGAAUGGCCAGAACCCCGUCACCCUUGCCAACACGAUUGCCAACUUUGUUCGCCAGUGGCAGCUUGACGGUGUCGACAUUGACUACGAGGACUUCAACGCUGUUAACGGUGGCACCUCGGUCAACUGGCUCGUCCCUCCUAUUGCCCCCUGGUUCUGCCGCUCUUGCUACUCGGACGGCGCCUACGCUGCCGUGAACGACCAGGUUGGCAACACCAUCGACUUCUACAGCCUUCAGUACUACAACCAGGGCUCGGCCUACACUGACUGCAACUCCCUCCUCUUCAACUCGGCCCCCACCUCGUGGCCCUACACCUCGAGCGGCGAGCUCAACAGCCACGACGGCAUCCCCCUCGCCAAGCUCGUCCUCGGCAAGCCCCUCACCAGCGCUGGCGCCAACAGCGGCUACAUGAGCCCCUCUGCGCUCGGCUCGUGCGUCAGCCAGGGCAAAUCUUCCCUUGGCUGGCCGGGCAGUGUCAUGUUCUGGGAGUGGGACCCGUCGGCUAACCCCGCCGGUAUCCUCAACACUGUCGCUGGUGUCUAA